GGGAGGGGAGCGGUGAAAGGGACCCGCGCGGAGUGCCGCAGCCAGCCCUUCCCUCCCGCCCUUCCUGGCUGGGUCUUUGUGAGGUUUGCGCCUCCUCCUCCAGGAAACGUUCUUCAGAGAAUUUCCAAGGAGACCUCAGCCAGGCGAGAGGGUUGGGGUCCUGUCCACCACCGUCAAGCGGAGCGGGGUCCGCGUCUGCGGCUGCGUUCCCCGAAAGACGAGGCUGCGCCCGGCUUUCGGUCCGCAGGGAGACCGAAGGGCACUGCUCCCCGAGCCGCGCACGCCGCUGAGCCCGGAGUGCGGACACGCAGGUGCAGUCCUCUCCUUCCUCUUUCUCCUACCCCUCUUCCUCCUGCCGCUCCUGUCUGGACUCACCUACAGCUUCCCAGGGAGGACAAGACCCCCAGACCUCCACAGGUGCUGGGUGAGGGGCCUGCCCCCCAGAGGACCCCCGUCCACAGUGUCUGUGCCUACCCCAGGCUCGCGGGGAGCAUGCUGCCUUCAGCCAUGAGGGGUGUCGGGUUAGUGAUACUGACCCUGCUACUGUGCCCCACACCGGCUCAUGGCCUGUGGUGCCAGGACUGUACUCUGACCACCAACUCCAGCCACUGUAACCCGAAGCUGUGCUCGUCAUCAGACACUGUGUGUGCCAGCGUCCGGAUCACUGACCCCAGUAGUAGCAGGAAGGAUCAUUCUGUCAACAAGAUGUGCGCCUCCUCCUGUGACUUCAUCAAGCGCCACUUUUUCUCAGACUAUCUGAUGGGGUUCAUUAACUCUGGGAUCCUCAAAGUGGACGUGGAGUGCUGCGAGAAGGACUUGUGUAAUGGGGUGGCUGCAGAGGUGGGCCACAGUGCCUGGGCCCUGGCUGUGGGGCUCCUGCUCAGCCUGGCAUCUGCCUUGCCCUGGGCUGAGCCCAGAGCCCUGCCCUCUGCAGGGCUUUGAAGCUUGGUCCUGAACCUGACACUGCCCCUCCCUACCUGGCUUGGAUGAGGCCUGGGCAGGGUUGCCCAGCAAUGGGGUCUCUGCAUCGCUCAAUGUAAGACCACACUGCCUGUCCACCAGCACUGCAUUGCAGGCAGCUGGACUUCUCCAAGGUGCCCAGGCAGGAGGCCAGGGGUGAGGGCAGGGGCCAGGUGCAACCCAGUGGCCUGGCCCAAAAGGCAUCUGAUUACCAAGAAAUAAAGUCACUUCUGAGUCCUGA